CCAACUCUCCAACACCAUGUCUCGCCUCCUUCCGCCGCCACUUUUUCACCUCCCUUCGACCCUCUCACCUUCAAUCCGCCAUUGCCGCCGUUGCAACCACCUCACAGUUUCUUGCACUCAUUGCACCACUCCUCAUCACUCCAACAACAUACCCACAAGACUAUUAAACAAGACAACGACAAAAACGGGGGAAGCAUGGUGGUGGGUUUAGAUUUGGAGAUGGAGGGAGGAAUUAUUACUUCAAACAUCCCAACAGAUCAUCAUCAUCAUCAUCAUCACCACCACCAACUUGGUGAUCAAGAUCAUCAACCUUGGUCUAGUGAUGAAGUUCUUGCGCUGUUGAGGAUCAGAUCUAGCAUGGAGAAUUGGUUCCCAGAAUUUUCUUGGGAACACGUGUCAAGGAAGUUUGCAGAGCUUGGAUUUAAAAGAAGUGCAGAGAAGUGCAAGGAGAAAUUUGAAGAAGAAAGUAGCUACUUCAACAAUAUUAAUCAUAAUCAAAAUAAUUACACCAAGAUCAAUGGCAGUUACAGGGUUUUCAGUGAUGAUCUUGAAGAGCUUUACACUGAACAUGAUGAUCAUGUUGACGAUGAUAAUCAUCAACAUGUUGUUAAUGUUGAAAGGAACGAAACAGUGGAGGAAAAACCAAGUGAGGAAGAAGACAAGAGUCCAAGACAGGAUAAUUUGAAUGACAAUUAUAAAGAUCAAGAUGAUCAGACGGCGGAGAUAAAAAUAAACCCAUCUGGCAUUGAUGAUGAUAUUAAAUCAAGGAAGAGAAAAAGGGAGGAGGAGCAGAAGAAGAAGAAGAUAAAGGAGGAGGAGUUUGAGAUGUUCAAAGGGUUCUGCGAGGAGAUUGUGAAGAAUAUGAUGAUUCAGCAAGAAGAAAUGCAUAACAAGCUGCUUGAAGACAUGGUGAAGAGAGAUGAAGAGAAGGUUGCAAGAGAAGAAAUUUGGAAGAAGAAAGAGAUUGAGAGAAUCAACGAGGAACUUGAACUGAGAGCUCAAGAACAAGCCAUUUCAGGUGACAGACAGUCCGCCAUUAUCAACUUCAGAAUCUCACAAGGGAUGUUAGAGUUGGGGUACAAGAGAAGUGCCAAGAGGUGUAAAGAGAAAUGGGAGAAUAUAAACAAGUACUUCAGAAAAACAAGGGAUGUCAACAAGAAAAGGUCAAUUGAUUCCAGGACAUGCCCUUAUUUUCACCAAUUAAGCACUUUGUAUAAUCAAGGGACGCUCGUAGUACCGUCACCCUCCGGGGGAGGGUCCGAAGACCUCCCAACCUUGCGGCAGAAAAACUCCGAUUCACCCGAAACCCUCCCGCCCGUGACUUGGCAAGACGACUCGAAUGUCCAUCCAAUUCUGCAUGUUCCUCAAAGUGAGAAGAGUGUGGUACAAAUACCAUCUUACGAUUUUGAUUUCUAAUUACACUUGGUGUUCAAUUAA